UAUUUUCAUUGUAUUUUUGCAGCCGAGAUGGAUUAAAAUAAUUCUAACUCGUGUUUUUCAACUACAAAGUGGGUUUAUUGAUUACUGUUAGCACUGGUACAGUCGACAGACAGUUUUUGACUUCUAGGAGUGGAUGUUCGUACAAUAACAUUACAGUGUAGUUUAAGUUGUCGCAAAAUGUCAACCACUUCACUUUCUAUCGUGAAAGAACUUCGACGCUUGGCACAAAAUCCUGCACACAGGGAAUAUCUUUUAAGAAAUGAUGUCAACUCCAUUCUUAUAUUUGUUGAUCCUGAUGAGCACCCAGUUGAAGUUGUUUCUGAAGCGCUCAAUGCGUUAAUGUUUCUUGCCGAGGAAGCUUCAGAAAGUCACAUGACCAGACGAGCGAUGAAAAACACAGUUGGGUUGAUGGAACUGAUGAAAAAGAUUGAAGAAAGGGAAGGAUACUCAGUUGAAUGUAAAGCAUUAUCAAUGAAAAUUCAACAUUUGUUGAUAAAUGAAAGAUCAACACCAAACAGCACGCCUAAUUCAACUAAACUUCAUACAGCUGAUGGUGUUGUAACAAGAGCAGCUGGAGCAAGAGCAAAUAAAAAAGGUGGACAUCAGCAUAAGUUUCUUGGUGGAAACAAGAAAGCCAAAGUCAUAACACUUCAAAUAAAUGGUCUAACUGAUCAGGAUCGCAGACAACAAUGUGUUGAUGAGUUAGUUCGUGUUAAAGGAGUCAUAUCACUCACGUUCAACAUGCAUCUACAAAGAUGUACUGUGAGAGCUAAGGCUGAAUUGACAGCAGAGACCCUUGCUGGUGCUGUUAAGAACACUAAAGUGAUGAAAGCAAGUCAAGUUUUAAAGAAUGCAGACGGCCAGGAGAUUCUAAUGCCUCUUGAAAGCAAAGUAGCAGACACAGAAAAUAAAGACCUUCCAGCUUAUUUGGAUGAGGAACCAGCAGAAUCACCAACGAAAGACGACAAAGCGGUCGCAAGACCGGACUCUGCGUCAGCCGUUGGCGCGUUUGCGAACUCUUGGUUUGGUAGUGUGAUAACCGCUGUGAAUAAAAACCUGUAUUGGUGAUCUUAGCUGUACAGUACAUGCUGUAUCUAGGAGUACCUAUCAACACCACUUAAUCAAUAUGCUGUCAAUACCUUCAAAGCUAUGUUGAGUUGACAGCAGCCCGUACUGCCAUAGCCAGCAGCUACUGUCAAUUCAAAAACUGUGCAUGGCGGAUAAGGAUACUGAUGAUUGGGUUUUACUUUUGGUUGCGGAGUUUUUAACUUUCUAGUUUCACAAACAAUUUACGAAAGUUUCGUAGAAAAUGUCGAUGCCAUAAUUUGGAUGUGUUUUUAUGAAGUGUGUAAAGCAACUUUAAAAUUUAUCGUCUUAUCUGAAUUGUCCCUGAUGUAAUUUUUGCAUGAUGUUAAUAUUGCUGAUACUAUUUUGUAUUUUACCAUUACAGUUUAUCCUACCUUUAAAUUUCCACAAAACUGAACAAAUCUAAGUAACCAUGACGUCACAAAUCCAGUUGUCAGCUUAAACGCCAAACUGUUUAUCCUUUCGCGCUAUCACAGCCUCAUUUUCACUAUUGCGUCACAAAUACGCUAGUAUUGCGUCACAGCUGACGUUUCUUAUUUUUACGUAAAGCUUGGGGUUUCCCCGUUUACAUAGGUGCGUAAAUGGUCAGCUGUUGCGAAACCACAUCUGCCGUGUAUUUGUUUCCCACUCGGUAGCGUGCCGCGUUGUUUUUCGCUCAUUUUAUUUAAAUUAACAUGAGAAUGUUUUACGCUA